AGUGACUUGUGGUCCUGUGGAAUCACUGCCAUAGAGAUGGCUGAGGGAGCUCCACCUCUGUGUGACAUGCAUCCCAUGAGAGCCCUCUUCCUCAUUCCUAGAAACCCCCCUCCUCGACUCAAGUCCAAAAAAUGGUCGAAGAAGUUUUUCAGCUUCAUCGAGGGCUGCCUGGUGAAGAACUACACCCAGCGUCCUCCCACCGAGCAGCUGCUCAAACACCCCUUCAUCAGGGACCAGCCCAACGAGAGGCAGGUCCGCAUCCAGCUUAAAGACCACAUCGACCGGACCAAGAAGAAGAGAGGAGAGAAGGAUGAGACGGAGUAUGAGUACAGUGGAAGUGAAGAGGAGGAGGAGGAGUCAUCUGAGCAAGAAGGAGAGCCAAGCUCUAUAGUCAACGUACCCGGCGAGUCGACUUUGCGCCGCGACUUCAUCCGCCUGCAGCAGGAGAACAAGGAGCGCUCGGAGGCGCUGCGUCGCCAGCAGCUCCUCCAGGAGCAGCAGCUCCGCGAGCAAGAGGAGUACAAGCGCCAGCUACUGGCGGAGAGGCAGAAACGUAUCGAGCAGCAGAAGGAGCAGAGGAGGCGGCUGGAGGAGCAACAACGACGUGAGCGUGAGAUGAGGAGGCAGCAGGAGCGCGAGCAGCGCCGGCGUGAGCAGGAGGAGAAGAGACGCGUGGAGGACAUGGAGCGACGCCGCAAAGAGGAGGAGGAGCGCAGGAGGGCCGAUGAUGAGAAGAGGAGGGCUGAUAGAGAACAGGAGUACAUCCGCCGUCAGCUGGAGGAGGAGCAGAGGCACCUGGAGAUCCUGCAGCAGCAGCUGCUCCAUGAACAGGCCAUGCUGCUGGAGUAUAAAUGGCGGGAGCUCGAGGAGCAGCGCCAAGCCCAGAAGCUUCAGCAGCAGCUGCAGCAGGAGCAGGCCUACCUGCUGUCCCUGCAGCAGAACCAGAAACUGGACAGUACCAAAACCGCCCAGCAACAGAGCACCAAACCCCAACAGAACCAGGAACUGGACCGGGUAAAACCUCUGCAGAACCCUGAAAACGAUGCAGCAAAACAACCACAGACCGCAAACUCUGAACUGUCGAGAUCCGGUCAGAACCGCAGUCUGGAGAAAACUACAGAACCCAAGCUUCCUGUCGCAGACAUCCAAGGCCCCGCCCCCAACUCUGAGCCAAUCAGAGAGGCUGACGAGCGGUACCGGAAGAACAUCCAGGGUUCUCCUCAGGCGGCUCAGACCAAACCACCGCAGCCUCCGGUGCCGCCACGCUCUGAGUCUUCCUACCCCAAUGGGAACUCUGCAUCCGAGGCGCCCGCCAUGCAGCGGCCUGUGGAACCACAGGUCCGUUCUCAUCUGGCUGCUUUAAAGACCAACAUGGCCUCACCAAACUCCUCCGCUACUGCCCCGCCCCUCGUGUCGCGGUCACACUCCUUCACCGAGCCUCUCGCCCCUAGCUUUGAAAACCUUCACCUCCGCAACAACCAGGAACCCAAUCAACACCAUCACCCUCCAUCUUCAUCACCGUCUUCCUCAUCAUCACGCACUGACCCACAACCUCACCCACAGCCCAGGCCCUCGCCCCAUGAACCGGCCCCUUCAGAGGAAGUCCCGCCCAGGGUUCCUGUCAGGACUACAUCAAGGUCCCCGGUGUUGUCUAGGCGAGACUCACCUCAUCAUCAUGGCAACGUCUCACAAGGCAGCCAUGCUGGGCACCGUAACGCUGCCAGCGCCGCAGAGCCUCGGCUGCUGUGGGAGCGUGUGGAGAAACUUGUUCCCAGACAGACCAGUAACACCGGCAGCGGAGGCUCCAGCUCCUCCAGCAGCUCCAGUAACUCCAGCUCCCAGCCCGGUUCUCACUGCGGCUCUGGAGAGAGGUUCAGGGCCCGCUCAUCCUCCAAAUCUGAGGGCUCACCCCUCCAACGGCCUGAAAAUGCGGGGAAAAAACCAGAGGAGAGGAAGGACUUGGUCAGGCCGAGCAGACCAGCGGACCUCACGGCUUUGGCCAAGGAGCUGCGCGCAGUGGAUGACGUUCGUCCCCCAAAUAAGGUAACGGAUUAUUCCUCCUCCAGUGAAGAUUCGGACACCACUGAUGACGAUGACGAUGAAGAGGUGGAUCAGGAGGCAGGUGAAGAGUCGACCUCUGGCCCAGAGGACUCCAAAGCUGUUUCUUCCAGGUUGAGUAACGGAGAGACAGAGUCGGUGAAAACCAUGAUAGUCCACGAUGAAGGCGAGAGCGAUGCAGGCUCCACGCCCUGCAAAGACAGCACGCUGAUCGUCAGACAGAGUGCAGGUGACAUCAGAAAGCGUCCAAGCCCCAACCCGGGCCAAACGCAAACCCCUGGCCUCAUUAUGGGCUUUGCCCCGAGCCCAGGGUCAAUGCAGGGCCCGGGUCUCAUCCACCACACACCUAGCCCCCACCAUCAUCAUCACCACCACCACCAUCACCCCACACAGCACUCGGACAGGAACGGCUUUGCAGGCCGCAUCCACCACCUCCCAGACCUGAUACAGCAGAGCCACCAUUCCUCCCCUUCCUCCUCUGCAUCCAACUCCCCUUCCUCCAACUCCUCAAGCCUUGCCAGCCCCUCCAUGUCCCCCCAGAGUCCCCUGGACAAGCUCGGCAUACUCAUAGAGAGCCAAUCCAGUAACAACAUGCAGAAACACAAGUCUUCUUCUUCCUUCACUCCGUUUAUCGACCCACGUCUCCUCCAAGUCUCUCCAUCCACCGGCAGCGCCCUCAACAAUGUCGGCUACGCUAACGACGCCCGGCUGGCAGAGGCGCUGAGGGCAGACCCAUCUAGGAAAGGCUCUGUGGUCAACGUGAACCCGGUGAACACUCGCCCACAGAGUGACACGCCCGAGAUCCGCAAAUACAAGAAGAGGUUCAACUCUGAGAUCCUGUGUGCUGCACUCUGGGGAGUGAACUUGCUGGUGGGAACAGAGAGCGGUCUGAUGCUGUUGGAUCGCAGCGGUCAGGGGAAAGUUUACCCUCUGAUCAACCGGCGGCGCUUCCAGCAGAUGGACGUCCUGGAGGGGCUCAACGUCCUGGUCACUAUAUCAGGUAAGAAGAACAAGCUCCGUGUGUACUACCUGUCCUGGCUGAGAAACAAAAUCCUGCACAACGACCCCGAGGUGGAGAAGAAGCAGGGCUGGACCACCGUAGGAGACCUGGAGGGCGCUGUCCACUACAAAGUUGUGAAAUAUGAGAGGAUCAAAUUCUUGGUUCUGGCUCUGAAGAACUCUGUGGAGGUCUACGCCUGGGCCCCGAAACCCUACCACAAGUUCAUGGCCUUCAAGUCCUUUGGUGACCUGGUGCACAAGCCCUUGCUGGUUGACCUGACUGUGGAGGAAGGUCAGAGGUUAAAGGUCAUCUAUGGAUCAAGCUCAGGCUUCCAUGCUGUGGAUGUCGACUCUGGGGCCGUCUAUGACAUCUACUUGCCUACACACAUCCAGACCAACAUCCAGUCUCAUGCCAUCAUUAUCCUACCCAACACUGACGGCAUCGAGUUGUUGGUGUGCUACGAGGAUGAAGGCGUGUACGUGAACACCUAUGGAAGGAUUACCAAGGAUGUGGUGCUGCAGUGGGGGGAGAUGCCAACCUCAGUGGCCUACAUUCGUUCCAACCAGAUCAUGGGCUGGGGAGAGAAGGCCAUAGAGAUCCGCUCGGUGGAGACCGGACAUCUGGACGGCGUCUUCAUGCACAAGAGGGCCCAGAGACUCAAGUUCCUCUGUGAAAGAAACGACAAGGUGUUCUUUGCCUCCGUUCGAUCCGGAGGCUCCAGCCAGGUCUACUUCAUGACUCUGGGCCGAAGCAACCUGCUCAGCUGGUAGAAGUCCACAGCUUGCCCUCUUCCUCCUCCUUCUCCUCAUCCUCCUCAUUGUUCCUCCACCCUCGCUAACACUGGAUCUCAGAACCCACCGUCGAUGUCUCAUCAGCACUUGGACAACCAACAGAUAACAAAAUCCAACCGCUGGCCAGCCCUUUCAAUCAGUCGACAACAAAGACUUCACCUUUCUCUCGAGCUGCAGCCUCGCUGCGACUGAGCUGCCUGCAACGCAGCAACAACCAGUCAUGACGCGCAGUAGUCGCCUACUUACAAGCCUGAAGUGGCAGAAAGGUACAAAAUGAAAUCAAGAAUUAAUAACGAACGGAAGGAAGGAAGGAAAAUGAAAUGUGAAUAUAGGAAAGAAAAGGAAGCAGACAGAUCUUUGUUCCUGUUUCCUUCGUGCUGCAAUGGGAUACAUUUUGUACUGCGCUGCAUCUUCUGUGCUCCUGGGCUGGUCAGUAAUCUUGAGGUCUAGUACUGCUACCACAAUAUCACUACUUUACUACUGCUACUACCUUCUUCAGGUCUGCCUCUUGUAAGAAAGUUCCCCCAUGUUCCCCGCCGGCUGCCCUUUCUUAUGAGCGUUACACGGGGGCUGGCGUGAUGGGAGUGUGUUGUAUUGAUGCUACAGUAGUGUGUGUAAAUGUACUCGUUUGGUCCAAUUACUGCUGACGUGCUGGUUGCAGGUCGAGACUGUGGACCAGGGAGAAACUGUAGGAACCCUGGAGACGGUGAGAGCUGUCGGUCUCAGGCAGGUGAAAGGGGCUUAAUAUUUAAGGUUGUAGUGUAAGUCUGAUCGAUGGGACUCGAGAGGAGGGCGUGUGUCGUUGAAGUAUUGUGUUGUUCAGACAGGUGCUUUAAAAAAAAAAAGGGGGACGAUAGAGAGAGACGUUGAAGCAGAUGGCUUUCAGAAUAGUAUUUUUUGAAUUAUUGCUAUUAUUAUUAUUCCUUAAAGAUAAGUGUAACUAUGUGGAGUAAAAACAUGUCUUUACCUUCUUUUUUAAGAUUUACGCACAUCCACCCACAGUCCAGUUUGCUUGCUUUUACUCUGAACCCACAGAAGUGCAAGGCGUCUGAGGAGGAGGUGACGUGGGUACAGUCGGUAAAUUAAAAUAAAGGUGUCUAUGUACAAUAAAAUUUCAUUUAAUCUUCCAGAUAUUGUCAGUGGUCAUGAUUUUCUCCUCAUACAUCAAACAUGACGACCUGAACUCAAGAAACUUGAACUGCUGUGAACAUUCAAGAUGUUAAAUAAAAAAGAAGAGAUAUACGGAGUGAUGAAAUAGAGAGUUCAGUAUGUGUGUGUGUGAGCGCAGGUGGACAGUUCAGUGUCAUAGAGUGGAGCUUCAGGGCAGAGAGGUAAACGGGUCAGCAGGUUUAGUUUCAGCAGAGGAGGUUUUCUAUUUCAUUCAUUUUUUUCAUUUGUACCAUUCGUGUGAAUGCAAUGCACUAAGUGUCAAGAAUGUAGAAAGACUUAUUACUGUGUGGUGGUCCAAGGCAUGAGAUGAUGUUUUUUGCUUUGUAUCGUGUCACAAGUGAUCAAUCCUAGAUGUUCAAUUUCUAGUUAAGAUGAACCAAAAGCUGCAGCAGCGGAGCCUCUACGUCAGGUGUAGAUAUUUUCCGAUCGGGGGGAGGGAGGGCGACAUUCAGUGUUUGUUUUCUGCAGCAGUGAGAAUAAGAGAGAGAGUGGCAUCCUCAGAGUUCUGCUAGCACACACUCUGCCCCAUCAAAGAAGGAUGUAAACCUUUCCAAUUCAACACUCUGACUCUAAAUUUUGGUGUUACUGUGAUGAAGUGUUACAAAAACAGGCAACACGGAGCAGGACUUUUCCUCACUUUGGUCGUUUGGGAAGAAACUGAGGACGCUUUUUUUUCAGGACGGAGUUGUUUUCUGUCCUCCUCUCCUUCCUGCUCCAGCUGUUGUUGAAGUUGUCUGUAUAUGUGGAAGACUGAGCAGCAAACUGCAGCAUCAAUCUCCUUCAGGACAUGGAUUUUCCUCCCUUUCUGCAGCAGAUCUGAGAGGAUUACACGUUGUUGGCCCCCCCAAAAGGAGAGUCCGAUCUGCGAGCUGUCCAAACACGUCUCCACCGGGUCACAAACAAGUUUACCUUGGAUGUGUUUUCCCCCCUGACGACAUCAGUUACACACAUGAGCAGUGUGUGGACAUGUGGCGAGGUUACUGUCGGUCAUUCAGUAACAGCGUCAUUCACAAACUUUAACCUUCCUCGUACAGACAAGCCGUUUGGACCCCAAUGCCGUGUCGUCUGAGGUCUGUGUGUGCAGUAGUACCCAGUGUGUGUCUCUUAUGGCAUCAAGGCCUUGAUGAGUGGCUGUAUGGACUACAUUUAACAAUUGUGGUUAUAAUAGAUAUUCUUAAUGGGCUUAAAAAGGACGAGAGACGAGUCUGUAUCUGGUGAGAAACAGCAGCCGCUUGUAGGCUCACAUUGGAAAAAGUGCCAAGAAGGCAGCAUAUAAAAGUGUAAACCUAUUGUUAUGAAAACCACUACUUGGAAAUCCUUUUAAAAAAAUCACUUGAAGCAUUGUGUAUUUUUAAGUUUUAGAGCUAGUCGAGAAGCUUAACGAUAGUUUCUGUUGUUUCUGUAAGUCUAUGUACACGUAAAUACGCGACUGCGGUGGUUUAAUAUUAUUAUGCUCACCUUAGGUGGAGAAAAUGUUUACAGAGACGAUGUUUUGUUACACUAAUGUGCAUCACAGUAUUUAUGUUCAAUGCAUACGUGUCUUUAAUUCUUUGUUUUUGCUUUUUGAGCCCGGUUUUUAUUGGAUAUUUUCAUUUUUCUGUCAUCUCCCCCUUCCCCCAUAAAAUAACCUACUUACAGAAUAAUACAGAACACACGUGCUGUUCAUUUCAGGUAUUCACAUCGCGCUGCUUCGACGUGGAAACAUUGCAGUAACGUUCCCUUGCAGGCUUGGACGUGAGGCAACGUGUUUUUCCUCUGCUGUUUCUGCCAUGCUACUCUAACUUAUGUCCUCUCUGUGUAUGACAGGAAGUCUUGUAUUUCCUGAACGUUUCUUUUCUUUGAAUAAACUUUAAAAGAAAAUUUAAA